CGGGGCUCCGGGGGGGCGAGGGCCGGGUAGCGGGCGGCGGGCGGCGGGCGAGCUGUGGGGCGGCGUCAUGUCCUCCGAGGUGGCCGCGCGCCGCGAUGCCAAGAAGCUGGUGCGCUCCCCCAGCGGCCUGCGCAUGGUGCCGGAGCACCGCGCCUUCGGCAGCCCGUUCGGCCUGGAGGAGCCGCAGUGGGUCCCGGACAAGGAGUGCCCGAGGUGCAUGCAGUGUGGCGCCAAGUUUGACUUCCUCACCAGGAAGGUGAGCGGGCGGGGGCGGGGCGGGGCGGGGCGGCGGGGUUGGUCCCCGCGGGUCCUCACUGCCCACCGUGUGGCCUCUCCAGCACCACUGUCGCCGGUGUGGGAAGUGCUUCUGCGACAAGUGCUGCAGCCAGAAGGUGGCGCUGCGGCGCAUGUGCUUCGUGGACCCGGUGCGGCAGUGCGCGGAGUGCGCCCUGGUGUCGCACCGGGAGGCCGAGUUCUUCGACAAGCAGCUCAAGGUGCUCCUGAGCGGAGCCACCUUCCUCGUCACUUUCGGCCACUCGGAGAAACCGGAAACGAUGGUGUGUCGCCUUUCCAACAACCAGAGAUUCUUGCUUCUGGACGGGAGCAGCCGCCACGAGGUGGAGAUCGCCCGCAUUUCCGCCGUGCAGAUGCUCAGCGAAGGCUUCCCUCCCGGAGGAGGCAACGCGCGGGCCACGGGCAUGUCCCUGCAGUACCCAGCACCGGGGGCAGAGGGCGUGACGCAGCUGAAGCUGACGGCCGGGGAGGACGCAAAUGGCAGCAGGAGGCAGGCGACAGCGUGGCUGGCAGCCAUGCACAAGGCCGCCAAGCUCCUCUACGAGUCUCGGGACCAGUAGCUGCAGGCGGGCUGGACCCCGCGCCGGGCGGUGGCGCCUGCUCUCUGAGCGCGUGCACGCGGGCGUGACUAACCCCACACGUGCUGGAAACGCAGCUCAAGUAUUCAUUCGGCGCUUACCUAGUGCAAUAUGGAGACGGCUGAUUAACGGAGCUCAUGCUUUAUUUAGAGUGGGUUAUCGUGAUACUUAAUCAGGGGUGGGAGAGCCCGAGCUACACUACUGCUGAACUGUUUUUAGCAUAAUCUCUACCAUGUCUUUACGAGUGCCCAAGUUUCCUAGAAGCUUCUGGCCCCUUGAUGUUCAUGCUAUUAAUUCUUCCACGGGAAUGACCUGAGCAGUGACAGCCUGGCCUGAUUUCUAACACACCAGUUUAGAGUCUGCCUGAGCCCAUUCUAGAGACUGUCUGCUGCGUCACUAAUUUGGGGCCCUGAACAAACCUUUGCUACUUCACAGAGGGAGGGAGGGAGCAAGCUGUGUGUUUUGUACUUUUCACUUACUAGUUCACUUUAUCAAAGUAACUGUACGACGAUUUGUAUAUACAACCUGUGAUUAAAACCUAUUUUGAAAAUA